AUGGGGGAGCCCUGCGAGGAGCGCCGCGAGGACGCGCUGCGGACCAACUCGAGCACGGUCAUCGCGACGAGCACGAAGGUGCAAGCGUGGGUGAGCCACCGCUCCGCCUCGAUUGCCUCUCAGAGGACGGUUGCAGUCGAGGGAACGACCAAGGGGAUCAUGAUCUAUCGGCGGGGCGGUCGUGUCGAGGGAAACAACGGUGAUGAAGACCGCCGUGAGGAGGGGACGGCCGGACGAAGUCGAGGAUGUGCGUGCGUGGGGCCGGCAGCUAUGCGGAUGAGCCUGCGCAUCCCCGUGAGCGGGCGCACGGUCGUGGUCGUGGUCGUGGUCGUGGUGCCCAUCAUCGGCGACGGCGACGGCGAUGGCCUCUUUGGCCUCGAGCUUCCUGCGGUAGCCGCGGAGGGUGGCCAUCGAAAGGUGCGCUCGGGUGGAGGUGGGGCCGAGGCACAGUGUGUUCGUGGCGAGGAUGUCGCCGCAGAGUGGCAAGCCGCGAAGUGUUCAUUUGGUGGAAGGCGUGGGGUGGAUCCUGCGUCAUCCUCGACGACCGCGCUCGCCUGCUCGCGCCCCGCGUCCGCUCGGCAGGUUGAGCAGCUCGUUGGCACGACAACACGUGCUCAACACCGCCUGCCGCUGGUUCGGGCGUGGCUGCAGGCGCGCCGAGGUGUCCAACGCCCGUGUGAGAUGAUGCUCGUGAAGAGCUCGGAUCGCGUCCAGGUGGCGGCGGCGGCGGCGGAGGAGGAGGAGGAGGAGGAGGAGGAGGAAGCCGAGCGCGGCGAGGAAACGGGUGCAGAGUGA